ACAACAUAACCCAACAUUUUCUUUGUAGAUGUGUAAAUUUUAUAAUUCCUAAUAAAAUGGAAUCAAAUAAAGAUAAAGAAAAAGAGCACGUCCUGUCGAAACGUUUGAAUAAAAUAAUCCAAGCUAGAAUCGAAAAUGACGAGGAGACAAUCAAUGCAUUUAAACAACUUUCGACUUUCUACACCGAAAACAGCCUGCAAGCUCGCAGGAAUUUGAGAAGCCAAAUAGAAAAACGGAGUCUAAGUAUAAACAAACAAAUUCUGUCUUCGUUUCUGGAAGUUAAAAAUUCCUUCGAUUGCAUUUACAAUGAUAUCGCUGACAUGAGCAAAUCGAUUCAAGAUAUGGAAAGUAGAUUGCAAAAUACGAAAACUCAAACUAAACAACUGUUGCAACAAACUAGCAUUUUGCAAAACGAGCGGGAUAAAAAUGUCAAACAGCAGAAAAUCGUAAACGCCCUAUUAGAAAAAUACCAGCUUUCUCCUGAUUAUUUCUCUAUUCUACAAGGAGGAAAGGAGCAAUUAAUUACUCCCGAGAUAUUUUCGGUAAUCGACAGGGUCCAAGAAAUCCACAACGAUUGCAAAGUCCUCAUGCAGUCCGGCCUUCAAACAUUAGCUCUGGAUAUUAUGGAGCAAAUGACUUUAUACCAGGAAGCAGCCUUAGAGCGGCUUUAUAGAUGGACUCAGAAUCAUUGCAGGAACAUAGAUAACACUGACUUGACUGAUUUGAUAACGCAAGCGAUGCUGAGGCUCCAAGAACGGCCCGUUUUAUUUAAUUACGUAAUCGACGAGUAUUGCAUAUGUAGAAGAAGUAAAAUCACCGAUGACUUUAUAAAUGCUCUAACAAGAGGCGGCCCCUCGGGGAACCCCGCACCGAUCGAAAUGAGAGCCCACGAUUCCCAAAUAUACAUUACGGAUAUGCUGGUGUGGUUGAACAAAGCAACGGCUGCGGAGAAGCAGAACUUGUGCACUUUGCUUAAACUUUGCACUAAAAACGAUUUAAACGAAACCAUCGCGAACUCGCUAGCUGUAAUCUGCGAAGGCGUUUGCCAGCCUUUGAAGAUGAGAGUCGAGAAAAUUAUUAGCGUUCCAUCGCAAGCUUCGGUGUUGUAUUCGAUCGUGAAUUUGCUGCGAUACUACAAAAAAUGCAUUUGCAAGAUAGUUAAUAGAGGAUUGAUCCAGGAGACUCUACAACAGCUACAGGAUAAUUCAGAAAAAGCAUUUUUAACUACAUUACAAACUCAAGUCGAUAGUAAAUUGGUCAGAGUCGAAGCUCCGCCUCGCGAUUUAUCCCCAACAUCCGCCGUUACGAAUCUACUGGCUGUAUUAAGAGAUAUUUUAUCCACUGCUAACAUGAGCGAAGGCAGAGAAACCGACAUGGUGAAGAUAGCUCAGACGGUGAUGGUGCCGCUGUUGAGGGCCGUGAACGAGCAGGCCGCCCGGUUGCCCCCGACCGACAUGGCGGUGUACAUGCUGAACUGCAUGUACGAGAUGUACACGUGCCUGUCGCUGUACGAGUUCAUGGACGAGCGGUUGGAGCGCUUGGAGGCCCAAUCGGACGCCCAGAUCGACACGCUGACGUCCGAACAGGCCAGUUCGCUGGUGGCCAACUUGAAUCUCGGCCCGAUUUACACGAUCCUGCAGGACCAGAGCCACGGGGCGUUGUCCGAGGUGCCCGGAAUGGAGCCGAGUAAUCUCAGGAAUUUUUUGGAGAAAAUGGAUUAUCUUGCUUCGCAUCCGGACGGUGCUCUGUUGCAACAGAUUCACUUGUUGACGUCUUCGAAGCAUAAAAAGUCUGUGCAGAAGCGGUCGUUUGACGUGCUACUGGCUAUUUACAAGCAACUCUACCAAGCGGUUUUGGAUCCUGUGAAUAAAUACGAAAAUCCCCAUGUGAUAUUUCAUAAAACGCCGGAUGAGCUGGAGAAGAUUUUCUCCUAA